AUGGAGAGCAUCGGAAGCGGCAAAAUGUGGCCUCUAUUCGCAAGUCGCCGGAAAGCCACUCUUGACAGUUUCUUUCACAGUCAAUGGCAAUUUCUUGCGCCAGUCUUUACUACCAAUUCCUUUCGUCAUAAGCUUCACCCUAGCUGUCCUCUUCCUUUUAUCGUGAAGAUCAACCAUCAAAAGGCGGGGUUCUUCAGUUCCGUGUUUGAAGUGGUGAUUCAUGAUGCACAUCAGAAGAUCAAGGGAAAGAAGAUUCGUGUCGCCUCAAAGGAGAUGAGAAUUGGGAUGGAUUCUUACUAUGAGAAAGAGGCGGAUAUUCUGGAGACCAUACGCAAUGUUGACAACCCUCAUCUCAUUAAACCCUUGGCGGCAUAUCGAAGAGGUGAUCUCAGGGGCUUUCUUUUCCCUUGGGGGGAGGGUGGCAACCUGAAAGAAUUCUGGAGCUCCCAAGAAAAAUUGCGACCUGUGCCUGUCAGAGACCCUCAUCUUGUUCUUUGGGUCCUACGGCAACUUCAGGGCAUCUGCGGAUCCAUCAGUGCCUUGCACGAAAGGAACUGCCGACACGGAGAUCUGAAGCCCGAGAACAUUCUUCAUUUCCUUGAGACUGGUGGCAAGGGUGUUCUCAGAGUUGCCGAUGUAGGGCUCGCUAGAUUCCAUCUCGAGGCUACCAGAGAUCGAAACCAGCCGACGAACACCAUGACCGGCACUGUCCGUUAUGAGCCUCCGGAGUUCGGGCUUACGGAGCAGAUCUCGCGACUCUACGAUGUCGGCUUUCCUACCCUACCGGAAACAGGCUCCCCUGAGCAGUAUGUUCUGCUGAACGAAUGGCUACGCGUGUGUGACGAACAACACAGCCAUGGCGUCGAUGAUCGUACCGAGUUACCCACUCGCGUCCUCGAUGUUGGAACAGACCCGAAUUCUACUAUUCAUCUCUGCGAAGGGAAGCUCCUUCCACUCGAACGAUACACUGCCCUGAGUCACUGCUGGGGGGUGAAUUCUCAAGCUCAAGUUCGCACCCUGAAGGAGAAUAUCGAUGUCUUUCGCAAGCGGAUUGACUUCGGCAUUCUUCCAAAGAGUUUUCAAGACGCCGUUAAAAUCACGAGAGCGUUGGGACUACGCUACCUAUGGAUUGAUUCACUCUGCAUUAUACAGAACGAUAAGCAGGAUUGGGCCUUUGAGGCCACGCGUAUGGAGCAUGUCUUCAGCUCUGCCUAUGUCACUAUAGCAGCCACAGCAGCGUCUUCUUCGGCUGAAGGCUUCUUGCGACAGAAAGCAAAACAUCCAUUCGUAACAUUGGAGGGACCCAACGGGCGCACUACCUUUGUGCGCAAGUCAAUUGACGACUUUCACCAAGAUGUCGAACAAGCUGUGCUCAACCAGCGCGGAUGGGUGUUACAAGAGAGGGCAUUGUCGCGCCGGAUACUUCACUUCACAGCAUCUCAGGUGUAUUGGGAAUGCGGAAAUGGCGUUCAUUGCGAGACUUUGAUGAAGCUGUCUAACCGACAAGCUGCACUCCUCGGGGACUCCGAUUUCCCUAAAUCAGCCCUAGAGUACUUCAAGGGAGGCCGAAUCGUGACAUUCCAAACCCUCUAUCAGAUGUAUUCCCGGCUCGCAUUCACAGUACCGAGCGAUCGGUCCAUUGGAAUCAAGGGUUUAGAAGAGAGACUGGUCAAGGACUUUGCCACCAAAGGAGGAUUUGGAAUUUUCGACGAAUACCUUCAACGAAGUCUUCUUUGGCAGAAAGCUCCUGAUGCGUCCCUCGAUAGAAUCUCAUACCCUCCAGAUAGGCGAGUUCCCUCCUGGUCCUGGAUGGCAUAUCAAGGCCAAAUAGCCUAUCUUGAGGCUCCCUUCGAACAUAUCAACUGGACCAAGGAUAUUAUCACGCCUUUUAACACUGACAGCGGAAAGAAAACGCAUUGGGAAGUCUCCGAGGGCAGUGAAAUUCCUCUCCUCCGUGGCGUCGCAAGUCGCAUCAGUUUGGAUGACAUCGAACUCCUCAAAAGAGUCAGAUUCGACGAAUCAAGGCCGCAUACGAUAGAUCACCUGAGAUGUAUCGUUGUUGGGAGGGAGAAGACAGAGGGCUUGACCCGGGAGCCGGAGCAUUAUGUUCUUGUCAUUGCGAGGCUAUCUAAAGAACAAGGUGGUCGAUAUGAGCGCGUUGGCGUAGGAAGAUUACUGGCUGAACACAUCCUACUGCGAGAGCCGCAGCUCGACGUUGAGGUGCAGUAG